GUACCAGUUGGUGGUGCACGCAUCCCUUCGUUGUCUGCCAUACUCCCAAUAAAACCAUCAAGAAGAGGAAGCAGCUGCAGCCGCAGCCUGAGGGGAGCCGGUGCGUGUGCAGCCGUGGCAGAUCCGGAUCAAAGUGACUCCCCAGGCAGGCAGGAGGACUGGAAGAGCGCUGUAAAAAAAUGGGAAACCUGCUGCUGUCCACCAGCCUCUUCAGGACUGAAGCCACGUCUGCACCAGUCACUGGAGGGAGUUUCAUAACCCGGAGGAUCAGUAGUAGCGUAACUUAUUAUUAUGCUCCAUUCUCUGGAGCAGAUCACAUCACAUCAUGUAAAGACUCCUCCUCCUGUGCAUUGCUCUCAGAGUCACCUUCACGCACACCUGCCUCUCCCCGAAACGAAUCAGAAUCCACCUCCCCUCGCCGCCCCCUUCUUGUUUUCUUCUCCUGGCUCGGUGCCCAAUCAGGUGCUGUUGCCAAAUACAGGGACCUUUACCUGGACCGUGGCAUCGAUGUACUUGUAGUCCGUAGCAAUGUAAUGCACUUCUUGUGGCCUCGGUGGGGGCUUGGCUACGGGUUGGAGGUUUUGAAAGUUUUGGAAGAGCCUCAAUUCUCAGACAGGGCGGUGCUGGUCCAUGCCUCUUCCAUUGGUGGCUACACUUUCACGCAGAUACUGACCCACAUCGCUCAGGGACAGAAAAAACAUGCAGGCCUGGCCCAGAGGGUGAUAGGACACAUCUAUGACAGCUUGGUCGUUGGCACUCUUGAACAUAUGGCGAUAGGUCUUGGCAAGACCCUACUGCCACGUUUUGAGGCCUUCGUCAAAAAUGCCGCCAUGCUUUACUUCUGGCUCUUCAAAAGCCACACGGCGGACCUCUACGAGAGCAGCGUCCAGGUGUUUCACAACAACCCGAUUACGGCGCCAGCCCUCUUCUUCUUCAGCGAGAACGAUGCCCUGUGUGACCCGGUCGCCCUGGAAAGGUGCAUCGACCACUGGAGGAAGAGGGGCGUGAGCGUGGAGAGCAGAAGGUGGAAGGAGUCGGUGCAUGCGGCGCACAUGCGAUGCCACCCGGAGGACUACCUCUCUACCCUGGAGAAAUACUUGAACGCACUGUCCAUUUCCUCCACAAAUGCAAACAUGCACACUAUUGGGUGUGAGUGACAGUGCAGUCUGACUGAAUUUUUAAACUGUAAGAUGCUUUAUGGGUUUAAAGAGAAUGCACAUUGAUCGUUAUAUUCUUCAGCUUGGGCAUUAUUAACUGUAAUUUGUAUUUUUUCUCUCGUUUUAUGCACGCUCAGUUGUUUGAUUCUGUUGCUAAGGUUACACUUGAAUUGAUAUGCAAUAUUUAUUAUUAUGAUAUUGGAGGUCAUGUUAUGUGCUGCUUGUUUUGCACUGGGAAUUUUAAGGAACCGAUGUUGCACUUGAUACCAGAGAGCUGGUUUCUGCACAUUAUGUUAGUCAAGUAAAACUGUCUGUAAAAGCA